ACUCAAAGAUUUCGUCUAUUGCUGAUUACCUGCCACAGAUGUAUCAGGAGAUGGAACAGAAUAAAAAAUUGCCCUGGUUCUUGGUCCCCAGAGAAUUGGACUGAGAGGUUCUGUUGUACAUAGAAUACAGUUUAGAUCACUGGUCAAUUCACAUUUAAGCUCUAGUACUAAAAUGUUCUGGUUCUCUGUCCUAAAGCAUGGAUCUAAAGCUAAGGCUAUAUUUGAGAUCAUACACCCCAGCACAAAGAGCACUGAUUCUUUUUUAACUAAAAUAAGCAAAAAUAAACACCUUAAGUAAACUGAGCAAGUGCUGGUUCUGUACAAACAACUGACAGUGUCGAUAUAAAAUUUUAAUAUCAUGACCAGUCCCUAACCUUUUAUCAUGAUUUAUGACAUUAUCACAAAGUACAUGUAUAAGAAAACACAUGUACAUACAUGUAGUGUGAUAAUUUUUCAGUAGCAAUAAUAUGUUGUUAAUUAUGCAUUUUGGGGAUUUAGGUACUGAAUAUAACUGAAUAUCAGUACAUGUCUAGCUGUAGUGAUUGCAUAAACAGGGGUACAAGCUGCUAACCUUUACUUCUGCAACCCAACUUUGUAAUAACUCCACAGCAAAAAGUUGGCUUAGAAAAAUGUUAUGCUCUAUAAGUGCAUUUGCUUCAGUGCACUAGGUCAUUAUAUGAUGGUAUUUUGAUGCAGUCUAGACUGUUGCCAUAGUGAGAUACCUCACUUUCCUCAGAUACUAUGUAUUCCACAUGGGCUUUCAGAGUGUUUUUGGUUGCCAGUGUCAUUUAAAUGAAACUUUAGUGGUCACUUUCUUUUUCCAGAACUUGAUCUACAUGUUUUUGUGGCUAUGUCAGUGGAGAACAUAGAAGGCCUGGGUGCGCAAGCAAAAUCAAAGUCUACAAAUUGUCCUAUGGCUAUUACAGCACAUUUAGCAUUUCAGAUUCUGAAACAGAUCACAUCUUCCAGCUUAAUUUAAUUACCAAAGUUAGGCUAUGCUGUACAUUCUUUUUUUUGUGACAAAAUGCAUGUCACUGUAUAUUAAAGCAACAGUUGGUCCCUCUUCCCUUCAUACAGUUUUGCACAUGGAGCGCUAUCAUUUGAGCACAGAUAAGAGUAUCUUUGAAAAUCUGAUAAUAAACUGUGGUAAUAAACACCAAAGUGCUGUAAAAGUUAAACAGAAACACUUUGCACUCAGUGUCUCGUCAGCCUCGCUCUGUUUUAUUUCUUUUGCGGGAGGAUUAGUAAAGUGUUGCGGCACGUUUUUCCUUCUAUCUCGGCACCAUGAAAAGCCAAGACCAUGGAAAGCUCAAUUUGAAGAGAGAGGUAGGGUUAAUCAGUGCGGUAUCUCUGGUGGCGGGCAAUAUGAUAGGAUCAGGGAUUUUUAUGUCCCCACAGACUGUGCUGUCUAACAUCGGAAGCGCUGGAGCUUGCUUGAUAAUCUGGGCCGUGUGUGGCCUGGUGGCCUUGGGUGCUGCUCUGUCUUAUGCUGAGCUGGGCACUCUCAUCAGAGAAUCUGGGGGUGACUUCAUCUAUGUCCUGAGAAUCUACGGACCCUUCCCUGCAUUCUUUAUAGCAUUCACGUUCCUGACCGUGGUGGGCCCAUCAGGUGCAUCAGCUAUUGCCCUGAGUUUUGCCAAGUAUGCUGUGGCUCCUUUUUAUCCAGGAUGCACACCACCUACAUUGGUGGUGAAGUGUAUCGCUGCAGCUUGCAUUUUGGUGGUGGCUACAGCCAACACCCUGAACGUUCGCUUUACCAUGGCCAUUCAGGUUGUUUUCAUGGUGGCCAAAGUGAUGGCUCUCACAGUGAUAGUGAUUGGGGGUAUAGUGACUAUGGCUCAAGGUAGCUUAGGAAGCCUUAACAGUUCAGACAUUGCCUUUGAGGGCACAAAGUUGGGGAUCAGUCCCAUUGGGAUGGCUCUGUAUCAGGGCUUGUGGUCCUAUGCUGGGUGGUACAGCUUAAACUUUGUGACUGAGGAGGUCAAAAAGCCAGAGGUAAAUCUACCCAGGGCAUUAAUGAUCGCCAUCCCCAUGGUAACAGUCCUCUACCUGCUGGUCAAUGUGAGUUAUCUGGCUGUCAUGACUCCAAGAGAGAUGGCAUUUUCCAGUGCUGUGGCUGUUACAUGGGGGAAUAAGGUGCUGGGAGGCUGGGGCUGGGUGAUGUCUGUUGCAGCAGCUCUGUCAUCUUUUGGUUCUCUUAAUGGCUCAUUCUUCAGUGGAGGACGAGUUUGCUUUGUAGCUGCAAGAGAGGGACAUAUGCCUGAUAUCUUGGCCAUGGCUCAUGUGCGUCGCCUCACUCCAUCUCCAGCUCUCAUCUUCACCACCAUUAUCUCCCUUAUUGUGCUCAUCCCUGGAGACUUUGAGGGUAUUGUAAACUUCUUCAGCUUUACAGCAUGGUUCUUCUAUGGGGUCACAAUUUCAGGACUUCUUUACCUAAAAAUCAAAAGGCGUGAUCUUCCUCGUACAUACACGGUCCCCAUAAUUAUCCCCAUCAUGGUACUCCUGGCAGCAGUGUUCCUCGUUCUUGCACCCAUCAUUGACAACCCUCGCAUCGAGUACCUGUACGUGACCAUCUUUGUCCUCAGUGGAGUUAUAAUUUAUGUUCCUUUCAUCCACUACAAACUGUUCCCAGGCCUCCUUAACAAGCUCACAGUGGUCCUGCAGCUCUUCCUGGAGGUGGCGCCAGUUGAUAAAAACCUGUGAGAUUCCAGGGCCUUCCAGAUUUGGAGACAUUACUUCUGAGCUACAUGCUCCAGUCAGUACUAAGCAUUUAAAAUAUGUCUGGUUUUUUAUUAACACCAAUUGAAUUAGUGUUGAGUCAUAAUUGUUCACGUAAAGUUCAGUUAAGUAAUGAAGUUAAAUAUGCAUGAUUUUCUGUACUAGAACUAGAAACUCUCUUGGGUCAUUUAUUUGUUGGUAGUCUUAAAAAAAUAUGAUUUGUCAUGAAAUAUAUGAUAGUUUUCAAAUAUAUCAUUUUUUCUAAAUUCAUACUGUGUUUCCUAACAACCAUUGAAGAAAUCUUUAGGCACUGUUAAAAGAAAAACAUUUCUGCUUUCUUACAUGUAGAUAAAUAUAAGAAAAAACAAAGGGACUAAAAAGAGAAACUACUUAUUUAUGUCAUUUGACAUAUUGUUGAUAUUUUGACUAAUUCUGUGUAAAACAGUUAUCAUUCAAAUAUUACAUUCUGACUCUCUAAACCAUCUUAUUUCAAAUAAACACAUUUCAGCAUGAUCAUAUAACAAUGGUGCUCAUCAAAACCACCAUCAUUCAGCUUUACUGAAGAUUUAGGUUUAGAGUUCUGGUAUUCAGAAUAGUAAUCAUGUUUGCUA